GAGGCUCUAGAUAUAGUAAACAAGCGUAAGAGCCGUAAGCGGCGAUACAUACGGAUAGAAGAGACUCUUAAUAUAGGCGAGGUACAAGAAGUAUUAGCUAAACAGGCGGGUAGUAGUCGUAGUGAUAGGGAGAGUGCGUCGAAGAGGGUGCGAGGAGAGAGGCGGUGCGGGCGUUGCAAGCAGACUAGACACAACGCCCAUACCUACGCAGUUAAGAUAGAUAGUGCGAGUAAUAGUAGUGACUCU